GCAUUGUUGGAUACUACACAUGCAUUUUUGGACUAGGCAACUUCCGAUUCAAUGACGACUGCUGUUACGCUACUAUCAAAAUAGGGAACAAAAUAGGGAAAUCUAACUAUUGGUGCACUGAAAAUCCCCAUAAAUGCUGCGAUAGUAUAUCAGGUUCAGUGUGUGCGUCAGGUGUGGAUGGAGUCAGUGGCAUCUGAGAGCACCCAGCAUAGUUAUCACAGACAGGACAGUCCGAAGAAGUCCGUGUUCAGACCAACAGCCUGCACAUCGGCAGGCGGGGGGAGAAUGGUCAAGUACUUCUCUAACGACGUAGACAUCAGGACCACGUGGGACCAUGUUGUCUCUGCCUUCUGGCAGAGGUAUCCCAACCCAUUCAGCACCCAUGUUCUCACGGAGGACGUGGUGUUCCGUGAGGUGACGGCGGACCAGCAGCUUCUCUCCAGACGCCUGCUCACCAAGACCAAUCGAAUGCCUCGCUGGGCCGAGUUCCUCUUCCCCUCCAACCUAUCACGCUCCGUCUACAUCGUAGAGGACUCCGUCGUCGACCCUGUCACCAAGAGCCUCACCACGUACACCUGGAACCUCAACCACACUACGUUAAUGGUGAGGUACACACCUACAUAUGCUCCCUUCCGAAUUGGCCCCUACACCAAGAAGUGGCUAGGGAGUAGGGGCUAGGUGUUGAUUUGGAACCAGGGAUACUGGUUCCCACAGCUUAGUGGUUGGUGCUUGCAACACCAAACGUGUGGGUUUGACACUCAUGCCAGUCACAUGUAGUCCAUGUAUGUGUUUGUUAGUAUGUGUAGGUUCCUCUAUACGUUCUACUAGGUUGGUGGACGCUCAUGUCCUUUUACAGUAAGUACACUGACUCAGCACCAUGGAGUAUCUUGUAUUUGUUAGAAAUCCGUGUUCUAUCUUUAGGAGAUAAUAUCAGCACCACCACCAGACAGAGGAACACACUGGGUUUCCCCUACUGCAUUUAGUAGCGGCACACUGCCUCUAAAAAAGGAAACACUGACACUAUUAGUAUAGACUAAGAUAAUAAUGUAUCUACGUAUUAGCACACAGCCUACUAUUGAACAGAGACUUUGAUAUGCACGUCUACAUCAACACUACUGUCCAAAUAGUGUUAUUAUUGCAUAUCUUUAGAUACGGAAUGAAAGAUCUUUUCCUCAAUGGUUUAGGCUAGGUUGGUAUCUGUCCCUUCAUGACCUCCAGUGGUUGACCUAUAUUACAGCCACAUUGACAAAGUGCCCUCUGCGUUGACCCGCCCCCCUAAGAGACUGGCUUGUUUACUGGUCGCGCCUUGUUUGUUUUCUCUAGCAACCGACCGUCUCCAAGCCUACAGCACAAUGAAUGUACUGUUUUCCAGAGAAAUUCCUUCAUGCCGAUACCCACAAGGUUUUCCAUUGUAUAUAAUUUGUGACAUUUCGUUAAAAAAACAAAAACGGCAACAGUUCUGCAGUCUGGCUGGAUAUUGGUUCAGACUGGUAAACAAUUGACUAAAGAGACACAGACGUGAAAUGUAUUGUUGGUGGUUUUCUGUUUCUCA